GGAAGGGAAGGGAAUGUGGAGAGGAGGCAUGGCUGCUGGGGAAGGCCUGGGACUGGCGCUCAGAGCGGUGAAGGAGCGGCUGCAGCAAGCAGCGGCCCGGAGGCCCCAGAGCUUGCCUGCAGUACAGCCUCGUCUCGUAGCUGUCAGUAAAACAAAACCUGCUGAAAUGGUGAUAGAAGCCUACAACCACGGUCAGCGCAGCUUUGGAGAAAACUAUGUUCAAGAAUUACUAGAAAAGGCAUCAGACUCUAGGAUCUUGUCAUCUUGUCCAGAAAUCAAAUGGCAUUUCAUAGGCCACCUUCAGAAAAACAACGUUAACAAGCUGAUUGCUGUUCCCAACCUAUUUAUGCUGGAAACGGUGGAUUCUGUGAAACUGGCAGAUAGAGUGAAUAGUUCUUGGCAGAAGAAGGGCUCUUCAGAGAGGCUGAAGAUCAUGGUGCAAGUGAACACCAGCGGGGAGGACAGUAAGCAUGGCCUGCCACCUGGUGAAACAGUAACAACGGUGGCACAUAUCAUUCAGAAAUGUCCAAGCCUGGAAUUUAUGGGCUUGAUGACUAUUGGCAGCUUUGGACAUGACCUCAGUAAAGGACCCAAUCCUGACUUCCAGAUGUUGAUCUCCUUGCGUCAGGAGGUGUGUGAAAAGCUCCAUAUCCCAGUUGAGAAGGUUGAGCUGAGCAUGGGGAUGUCGACAGACUUUCAGCAUGCAAUUGAAGUUGGAUCCACCAAUGUUCGAAUUGGAAGUACAAUCUUCGGUGAACGUGAUUACUCCAAUAAGCCUUCCAGUGACAAGACCCUAGGAGAAAUUAAAGGAAAACUGGAGAACUUGACUGUGCAGGAAUACUAAUGCAAGAAGGCUAAGGAGAUUCCCCCACCAGAGGGAAUAUGCUCAUAUAGCCCUUACUAUGCACUUGAAUUUCUCCCUUUGUGCUGACAGCUGUGGGGCGCUAUCAGGUAAUUGGAAGGUGUCACAGGCGCCUCAGUUACCUGUAACUUUGUUAUUGUGUAUCCAUAGAAAUUGGAUUUUUUUAACCAGCAAAUCAACACCUGUGAUUGACAAGUGACUUUUGGUACCUUAGCUACAGUGACUUUAGAUAGCUCUACUGGAUAACCAGCUGACUUAAGCCCUACUAGGUCUGGGCAUAAUACCAUUUCCAGCCAUCAUCGUCGUACAUUUCUCAUCGGAGAAGUGGGCUUUCUCAUUUCCUGGAGGCAGAAAUCCCUCCUUUGCAGGGGUGCCUCUGAUAGGCUUUGUCACAUUUCCCCCCAAAAUGCUGCAUGUAGACUGAAGCAUCCUUGCUGCAGUCUCUCGUAGACCCUUAACCACACUAAAGAACUUUAAUAGCUGCUCAGCGCGGAUGGAGAGAGAGGGGAGGAUGCACUCACAAGUGUAAGCUAAGGAUAGGGGGGUUGUUGUUGAGCCACAGAGGUGAAAAAUGUGAAGGAUCUUUAGGGUCGAAGUUGUCCUCCAAAGACUGGCAUUGCCGACUCCGAUCACUAGCCACAUAUCACUUUAUUUUCUUUCGUUAUUAAACUGUUCCCUCCCCACCUUCAUGGGUGCACGUCGUUCUGCUAGACAGCAGUACGUUUCCACUAGCCAAAGCAGAGAAUCCCUGAUUCUACAGCUGACUUGCUGUGAGAUCUUGGCCAAGUCAUUUAACCAUACUGUGCCUGCGUCCCCUAUAUGAGAAAUGGGGCUCACCUACCUCACGUGGGAGACUGCGAGGCUGCCAUGUCUGGAAAGUUUGUUUGGAAUGCCUCCCCCACUCAGGAGGAAAGGCACUAGCUGUGGUGUAAAGCAGGCUUGUAUAUCAAUCCAAAACAAAAUCCAGCAGCCCACAAUUUUUUUUUCUUUUGCACACUUUUCUGGAUGCGUGUGUGUGUGUGUGUGUUGUAAGACAGCUUGAGCAGUGGGUCUGCAAGCGGCUCAUAUGCAAGGAAUGGUUACCCUGGGCAACAGGUUAAUGCAAAGCAAUGAUAUUCCAGAUGUUGUGCCCUCUUGGUAGGAAGAACAAUGAGUUGGAUCACCACUGUACAUAUUGCUCCAAGAUCUUAAAAUUUAAUUUGAAGCAGCCGUGUCUCUUGCUUCACUAAGAUUUCAUCCAAGCAUUCAUCUCUGUCUUUGCGGCACCCCACUCAGUGAAAAUGUUUACAGUGGAAUCUGUUUUGUAACUCACCUGUCGACAAUCUAUUCUAGGGCCCAGCGUGCUGCUAAAACAACUCUAGUUCUUGGUAGAAAUACUCUUUUGUCCUCUUCCCUGUAGCAAAAAGCUUCGUGCCUGGUGUGUGUCUUUUUGGUUUAAUCUAGCAGUGGGGCUUGUUUGACUUCCUGGAUGUAACUGAAUGUAACUGCAAAUGAUGAACGUCCAGUCUAGUCAGGUCCCUGCUGUGUAGGUGCAAUAGUGAGUGCAGUCCAAACUGUCCUGAAGUUCCACAGUACAGUGUUUUCAUUGUGUUACGAAUAAAUCCAGUUGUGGAUCAGAAUACUGUAACAUCUGUGCCAGUUGCAAAGCUAUUAAAGAUGUUAUUUUUA